UUGCUAAAGACGCGCCGUGAGUGAGUGGAUCGCACUAGACUCAAAGUUUUUCGGUAAAUAUUGUGGGUGUGAUAAUGAGGUUCACCUUUUGGACAUUUGUCGUCUUCUCCAGUGUCAUCGCCGUCUUCUGUCAGAGACUACCCGAUGGCGUCACACCUUGCACGGAGAAUGAUCCGCAGAGGAACGACUGCAUUCAGGAGCAACUGCAGAGGCUCUUGCCACUGAUGAGGAACGGAGGCGGAAGCACAGGCUUCGGCUCUAUCGAUCCGAUCCCCUUUGAUGGUCUGCCUUUUGAGUACAACACAGCCCAGACAAAGCUGACAUUCACGCUGAAGAAGGGCACGUGCUACGGCUUUGGUGACACUCAAAUCAAAAAGGUGAGAUCUCAGAUCACAGCCGACGAAUGGAAAUUCCACAUCGAUAUCAUGGUGCCGAGAGUGUUCAUUGAGGCAAAGUAUCGAGGACAUGGUGCGAUUAAUGGCAUGGCUCUAGGCUCGAAGGGUGACUUCAAUGUGACUGCCACCGGCCUGACGGGAACAUUGAAGAUUCGCGCAAAGAAGGAGAGCUCAAAUGGUGAGGACUACAUUAGAGUCAAUCACAUUGACUUGGUGCCAAAAGUGAAGACGCUCAGGACAUACAUUGAAGGCCUCGUGCCAGAUCCAGAACUCAACAGAAUCGCCCUGGAAUUUGUCAACGAAUACAUUGCACAGAAUCGAAAUGAUCUGCUAAAGGAGACACGCAAGUUCUUUGACCCUCUUCUAACGUCUGUCGCCAAUAGCGUUACACUCCGCAUUCCUGCACGGUAUCUCCUACUCUAGUCCAUCACGAGGAAUUCGCACAGCUCGAUGACUGAGCAAUUUCUAUAUCUCUCACUUUAUGCUGUGUCCAUGGGAGUCCAUGGUCUUCCUUGAAUAAAUGAAAGAAUGAGCCAUU